AUGGUAUUCCAAAACCCCAAAUUUCUGAAGGUCAUAGCCAACUUGAUGAUGCAAGUAUUGCCAGCGGCAUCUCUGGCGACGCUACCACAGCCGACACCGGUCGUGGAUCUCCUCAAAACCCCUGCAAGUUAUAAGAAAACCGGCGGCGGUGGCGGCGACGACGAAAUCUCCGUCGUCUACGCGACUACGUUUCGUCCCAAGCAAGGCGCCACCAAAUCCGACGCCAUAUCAGUCGAGGACUACUGCCCCAAACACAAAAUUCACCACGCCGACGGUGAUGAUCUCAAGAUCCUCUACUUUUUCCCCAAAUCACGUAAAAGGGUUUUCACAGGCGAGUGCUCGAGAUCGAAAAUGGGAAACAACGACGCGGCCCACCAAUUUCUGUGCGAGAUCUGCGCUGACGAGAAGCCAAAUCGCAAAAAGUUCAGCAUUUUGGGGUGCCAAGGCACCCUCGUGCCUCAGCACUGCCGGUCGAUACUGCCGGACCGAGUUUUCAACCGGUUGGGGGAUGCCCUGUGUGAGGCCUUGAUCUUGGCUUCCGAGAAAUUCUACUGCCCGUUCAAGGAUUGCUCGGCCCUUUGGUGGACGACUCGUGUGGGGGGAAUGGGGAAGCUGAAGGCGGACGAGAGGGGUAGUGAGGAUAUAAUGCUGGUGAACUUAGCCAAGAAUAUGAGGUGGAUGAGGUGCCCCAAGUGCAGGUUCUAUGUUGAGAAGUCGAAAGGCUGCUUGUUCAUGCAAUGCAGGUGUGAACAUGGUUUUUGUUACAACUGUGGAGCUCCUCUAAUAGAGCGUUACUGUCGUCAAUGCAAGCACUAA